AUGGAAAAUGAAUUGAAACAUCGAGACUACUUGCCAAAAUCCUGCCAGAAACCUGUGGACAAAUACAUUGAGUAUGAUCCUGUUAUCAUCUUGAUUAAUGCUAUUUUAUGUAAAGCACAAGCAUACAGGCACAUUCUUUUCAAUACAAAGAUAAAUAUUCAUGGGAAGCUCUGCGUAUUUUGUUUGCUCUGUGAAGCUUAUCUCAGGUGGUUGCAACUACAGGAUUCAAGCCAAAAUACAGAUCCUGAUGACUUAAUUAGAUAUGCCAAGGAAUGGGAUUUUUAUAGAAUGUUUGGUAUUGCUUCUUUGGGAAGCUUUCAUAACAGCUGUCAUGAGAGUUGCUUUGACAUCUGCAUUAAUACCAGUGUUAUGCAGGGACGUGGUGUCAAAAAAAGUCUUAAUAGCUCCGUGAUAUUUCACCUUAGUGUGUUCUUUCUCAUGCUGGAUGGAAAGGGUUCACUGCUGGUGACCUUUUCAAAACAGACAA